CUGGCGUCGCGCUUGGUACUACGUCACUUCCUCCCGGAAGCCACAGUCUCGUGAAACCACUCAGAUUCCUGUGACUGCUCAGAAAGCCUCGUUGGUGGCCAUGGCUCUGCCGCCCUUCUUCGCCCCCGGUCGCCCGGGCCCCCCGCCCCCGCAGCAGCUGCCUCCCGCUCCCUUCGGCUGCCCGCCACCGCCACUGCCCUCCCCAGCUUUCCCGCCACUUCUUCCCCAGCGGCCCGGCCUCUUCCCAGGGGCCUCCGCCCCCUUCCUCCAGCCCCCGCUGGCUCUCCAGCCCCGGGCCCCCGGGGAAGCCUCUCGCGGCGGCAGUGGCGGCGGCGGCUCCUUUUACCCGGUGCCGCCACCGCCGCUACCUCCGCCACUGCCCCAGUGUCGGCCCUUCCCGGGGAUCGAUGCCGGCGAGCGCCCGCGGCCGCCGCCUCCAGGCCCGGGGCCGCCUUGGAGUCCGCGCUGGCCAGAGGCGCCGCCGCCGUCCGACGUGCUUGGGGACGCGGUCCUGCAGCGUCUGCGCGAUCGACAGUGGCUAGAAGCGGUGUUCGGAACCUCACGGCGGGCGGGGUGCCCAGUACCCCCGCGCCGGCCGGCUGGCCCCAGCUUGGGCGAAGUGCGCGCGCGGUUGCGGGAGGCUCUGCGCCUGGUACGGCGGUUGCGUGACCUGGGCGAGGCCCUGCACGAGGCCGAGGCCGACGGCGCGGCCUGGGCACUGCUGUAUGCCCAGGCCGCGCCGCAGCGCGCCGAGCUGGCCCAGCGACUACAGCUGCUGACUCAGGCCGCCUAUGUGGGCGAGGCGCGGCGGAGACUGGAGAGGGUCCGGCGCCGCCGGACGCGACUUCGCGAGAGGGCCCGGGAACGCGAGGUCGAGCGGGAGGCGGAGGCCGCGCGAGCAGCGGAGCGCGAACAGGAGAUUGACCGCUGGAGGGUCAAGUGCGUGCAGGAGGUGGAGGAGAAGAAGCGGGAGCAGGAACUUAAAGCUGCUGCCGAUGGUGUCUUAUCUGAAGUGAGGAAAAAACAAGCAGACACCAAAAGAAUGGUGGACAUUCUUCGGGCCUUGGAGAAAUUGAGGAAACUCAGGAAAGAGGCUGCUGCAAGGAAAGGCGUCUGUCCUCCAGCCUCAGCAGAUGAAACUUUUGAGCAUCAUCUUCAGCGACUGAGAAAACUCAUUAAAAAACGCUCUGAACUAUAUGAAGCCGAAGAGAGAGCCCUCAGAGUUAUGUUAGAAGGAGAACAAGAGGAAGAGAGGAAAAGAGAACUAGAAAAGAAACAGAGGAAAGAAAAAGAGAAAAUUUUACUUCAGAAGCGUGAAAUUGAGUCCAAGUUAUUUGGGGAUCCAGAUGAGUUCCCACUUGCUCACCUCCUGCAGCCUUUCCGACAGUAUUACCUCCAAGCGGAGCACUCCCUGCCAGCGCUCAUCCAGAUAAGGCAUGAUUGGGAUCAGUACCUGGUGCCAUCUGAUCAUCCUAAAGGCAACGCCAUUCCCCAAGGAUGGGUCCUUCCCCCGCUCCCCAGCAACGACGUCUGGGCAACUGCCAUUAAGCUGCAUUAAUAGAGACGCUCCAGGAGUGUGGUCCAGCCAACGCUCUUUCCAGCUCUGAAUAUUAGUGAUGCUGCCGUCGUCUUGUGCUGUAGACUAAACCACAACCUCUAAACUCUGCAUGGCAUGUCCCUACCCAGAAGCUAUAUUUUCCUUCCGUAUCUGUCCUGGCCAGAGGUGCCUCUUGAAUCAGGAGAUUAAUAUGGUUCUUCAAAAAAGGACCUCGAUAAACUUAGGGCUGUUACCACAGGCAGCAGCCCUGGUUCACUGAAUUUGCCUCUGUUUUGAGGGGCUUGGUCCCGAGUGACCUGUUAAUUUACUCAGCUUCCUUGUGUGGUGAUGGGUAAGGACACUCCAUACACUCAAGGCGUGCACUGGAUAGCUUUAGCAGCCCUUCCCCCAGUACUAAGUGUGAAAGCAAGCUUGAUGAAACACCUCCUUACCCUUCCUACUCAAAGAGCUCUCUAACUUCCAGGAAGAAAGGUAAAAAAUUCUUUAUCUUGGAUUUUGUGAAUCCCACUUUUGGUGCAGCCUGGGAGGCUGUGAGCUGCAAAUUGAGCUGCCACGGAAAGCUGGUGGCCUAGUCAGGUAGUCAUGUGGAGAACUUGGAAAACCUGAAGAGUACCUGUACCCAAAUUGGAUCACGUUUCAAUGGACGAUGGCUACAUACCCCAUGGUAGAAGGAUACUAAUGAAAGCAGCUGCUUUUUAAGUUCCUAGAGGUAUAGUUGUUGAGAUCCCCAAGGAUAGAAAUUUAUUUCCCUAUUUCCCUAUGGAAGUGGGACCUUAACCUCACUUACUCUCUGUUACAGUAUAGGGGCCUGUAUACAUGUAAGUAUGGAAUUUUCUUAGGAACUCAAGCUCCAAAAACAUCCAUGUAGUUAAAGCUGGGAAAAAGCAGAUAAGAAGUAGUCAAAUUUAUUUUUUAAUAUUAAUUAAUAAAUGCCUUUGUGCCUGGAGAUAUCAAUGAUAAAACAUGUCAGUUUUUUUGUUAUUUUGUUUUAUCUUUUGUCAUUUAUUGUUAU